AUGGAAGAGGAUAUUUUUUGUUACAUACAUGAAGGCGGUGAGGUUGUUAAGUCUGUUGAUGGGUCCGUACAAUACAAAGGUGGUUGGACAGAAUCCAUUGUCGUUAGUGGAAAUAUCACACAUGCAGAAUUGGUUUCAAAAGUGUGUGGUGAACUGAACAUUGACCCAAACUUAAUAAAAUUAGAGUUUACGGUGAAGUUUGACCCAUCAUGUUUACUACCGUUGCAUGAUGAGACUACCGUUGUGAAGAUGUUCAGAUUCAACGACAUGUUUUGUCAUGUUUAUGUCUUCCCACGUAUAGAAGUUGUGUCAAUCCAAGGGUUUGCAUUGGGGUGUCGACCUGUCAUUGCUAUUGACUCAUCCCAUGUGAGUGGGCCAUAUAGGAGUGCGUUAUUUUCAGCCACUGCAUACGAUGCUAAUGACUCUAUGUUUCCGCUAGAUUUUGGCGUAAUGAGCUCAGAAAAUUAUGAGGAUUGGUCAUGGUUUUUGCAAAACUUCAAGAAAGUUGUUGCAGAAAAGGAAGUUGUUAUCAUCUCUGAUAGACAUCCAGCCCUACUUCGUAGUGUUCCCGAGGUGUUUGGCCUUGAAAAUCAUGCCUACUGUUACCGUCACUUGAAGGAGAAUUUCAGUACAUUUGUGAGUAAGCAAAUUACAAAAGGAAACAAGGGUAAAGAAAAUGCACUUCAAUUCCUAGAUAGUAUUGCCUAUGCAAGGUUAGAGCAUGAUUAUAAUGUUUCUAUGUAUGAACUACGGAAAUACAAUGAUGUUUUAGCCACAUGGGUAGAAGAUAAUUCACCCGAACAUUGGGCCAUGUCAAAAUUCCCAAAACAAAGAUGGGAUAAAAUGACCACCAACCUUGCUGAGUCGUUUAAUGCGUGGUUAAGACAUGAAAGACAUCACUCCAUUUGUAACUUUUUAAUGGAGCACAUGGCUAAGUUGGGUUCUAUGCUUGUGAAGCAUAAAGAGCAGUCCAACAAUUGGAAAGGGUCUCCAGGGCCACAGAUUGAAGAAAAGGUACUACAGAAUAUUGUCAAGGGUGAAGUGUAUCCAGUUACUCCUUUCAUGAAUGGCAUUUUUAGGCUGUUAUUCUCUCCAUUGGCCACAAUGUUGCUGAUUUUGUUGAUGAAUGCUACAAAUUCCCAAAUGCAAAAGUUGAUCUACGCGGGCUCUUUCUCCAGUAUUGAGACCCAUGACAUGCCAAUUGUGGAUGACCAUGGAGUUGUACGAUCCAUAACGGGUCAGGUUUUCUUAUCUCUUAAGCCUCCUCAUGCAAAACGUCCUCCCGGAAGACCAAGGAAGAAGCGCAUCGAGUUCCAAUUUCAAGAUAAACAGACAGUCCAUUGCUCUCGUUGUCAUAUGUCUGGCCACAAUAGGAAAACGUGCAAGAAUCCUUUGUCUUAA